GUGAAGCGGCAGCCGCCGCCCUCAGGUGCGGAAGCGAAGCGGCUUGUCAGGGAGGGGGGAAAUGGGCGCGCGCGCGCGAGCGACGGGGGCGCGCGGAUCUUUUUCGCCUCUCCGCCGCGACGCGAAUCCCUCCGCCAGGUUGGGCCUGAGCGACUAAGCCGCGAGUGAGUCGGCGCAGCGGAAGGCGCCUUCGCGGGCCCGGCGGCGAUGGCGGCGGCCGAGGUGGAGUCGUCGCUGGAGCUGAGCCUGUCGAGCAGCUACGCGGGGCCGGGGACGUUGCCCCCCGCGCGCUCCCGCAUCUUCAAGAUCAUCGUCAUCGGGGACUCGAACGUGGGCAAAACGUGCCUCACUUUCCGCUUUUGCGCGGGCCGCUUCCCGGAGCGCACCGAGGCCACCAUCGGGGUGGAUUUCCGAGAACGCGCCGUCGACAUCGACGGGGAGCGCAUCAAGAUUCAGCUCUGGGAUACAGCAGGGCAGGAGCGAUUCAGGAAGAGCAUGGUACAGCACUAUUACAGGAAUGUACAUGCAGUCGUUUUUGUAUAUGAUAUGACAAAUAUUGCCAGUUUCCAUAGUUUGCCACUGUGGAUCGAGGAAUGCAAACAACACUUGCUCACCAAUGAUAUACCCCGGAUUUUGGUUGGAAAUAAAUGCGAUCUGAGAAGUGCAAUUCAGGUCCCUACGGACAUGGCUCAGAAAUUUGCUGACACUCAUAGCAUGCCACUGUUUGAAACGUCUGCUAAAAACCCUAAUGACAAUGAUCAUGUGGAAGCCAUAUUUAUGACCCUGGCUCAUAAGCUCAAGAGUCACAAGCCACUCAUGCUUAGUCAACUACCCGGUAACACAAUUCACCUAGAACCUGCAGUAAAACCUGCCAUGCCAUGUUGGUGUUAGCUCACAGUAUUUUUGCAGUCAUCACUUUGGUCUGUUUGCCAGUGCUUUGAGAGUAUGGUGUUGGUAAUGUUCCAGUUUAGUAGAAAUUACAUUGAAUCCGCUGGGCACUUUAUUGUACGUCCUCACAUCUGGAUGUGUGCCACUCUUAUCUCUGCACUUUGUUAACUCUGUCAUCUAAAUUACUGAAGAUUUAUGGAAGUUAGAUUUGUGAAGCUUGACUCUGGUCCCAUUGAAGUAGCUUAGUUCUGAGAUCUUUUCUCCACUAAAAUAGAAAUGUGUAGGUUAGGUCAAAUCACUGACGCCUUUAGCAUUCAAUUUGAGCAGAUCACGGUUCUAUAGAAAUCCAAAGAGUAGUAUGACUUGAUAAUUUUAAGUGAAUUACUUUUAGAUAAUUUGGUAAAUUGAUUUGUGAAUUGUACUUCUAUCACAUGUCUUAAUCAUGCAAUGGAAUGAAGACUCGACUUGAGCACAAGUGUUAAGUCACCUCUUGCCUUCAUCUCAUUACUUUAUCUAAACUCUAGGUUAGUUAAUUAUGAAAGCAAGUGAAGAUCUACUUUCUGUGUAAAGUUAUAUUUGAUUGGCCCUCAUAGUUUUGUAUUCUUUAUAUGUGAGACAGAAUGACAUUGGAAAAAUAUCUAGGGUUAUCUUUUGCACAAUAAAAUGAAAUCAUGUGAAUCUCAUGGAACAUAGGAAAUUGCAUUGAAAACUGAAGCUGUAGUGGAUUGUUUAUUUCUGAUGUAACCACAGGAGAUCAGAAAGUAUCAACUCAAUUGUGGCAUUGCUCUGGAGGUGAAGCCAUCAAUAGGAACGCCAGAUCUUGUCAUUCAGAUUCUCCCUAAAUAUUGUAACACUUUUUAAAAAGCUCUAACGCAGUUCUAAAAAUGUGUCAUUUAUAUUCAUAACAUUAUGAUGUAACUUAAGGUGUAUUGUUUGACUUUCAUUAUUAGCAGUGGUUAUAACCUACACAACAUACAAAAUGCCAAAACGUGAGACUUGAUUGGGGUAUUUUUAGUACCCCAGUGGAAUACUAUGAAGCAAAUGGCCAAGGUAAAAGUCUUAGGAAUGCAUGGUUUAUCCUACUAAAAACAAACAGUGAAUUCAAAUGUGGACUGCAAAUAAUAUAGGGAAAAUCAUAUGCUAUUCUGUGUAGUUGACUCGCUAUGUUUUGCUUUUGAAACAGCAUAAAGUAGGAGCAACUGAACUUCAGAAUCUACAAUUUGUAAAAAAAUAACUACUUGUGUGCCUUAGCUAUGAACAUAUGGAAGGGGCAGUCUGUAUCAUCCCAUAGUAUCAAAAAUAAAUAAAUAAAAUAUGAACGAAAGUGGCUGUUUUCCAUAAGUAAUAUUAGCAGCUUGUUUUUAGCAACAGUUAAGAGGUAUCUUCAAAUCUAUUUGCAGCACAGUGUGUCUAUCUAUAAAGUGUUUAGAGCUGAACUUAAAAGAUUUCUUGCUUGAUGAUUUUGCGUAGACAUUUCUGCCAUAACAACUGCCCUCCACCUCUGGGCAGCUCAAGCCAAAGGGGUAAGGGAUAGGUAGGCUUUCCUGUGUUCAUUGUGUAACAUGCACUACUGGCACAAGCGCCCGAUUCAGCCUUCCAGUACUGAGUAAUUGGCAAGUGGAGAAAUCCUGGUGCCUAUCUUCAUCUCCUUGCACAAAUAUAGCUCCAGCCUUGUAUAUCUAUUCUUGCUAAUUAGGACCAUCGCCCAUUAAAGAAAUUUGAGCUUUUAUUGACUAAUAAAAUAUUAAAGCUGCAAAUAUUGAGGAAGGGAUAAAACAGUUCUGUAGGAAAUGGCAUAAUUUGUGUGAAUGACAUAAUGGGGAUUGAUUUUAAUUACGUUUAAUCUUUGUACUCUUGCUCUUCCCUCCACUUGGAAAGCUCAAGCUGCUAACAGUAAUGUGUUGUUAGAAUCCUGUUAGCAUUGGCUGCCACCUGGUGCUUCUUAAGUAUUAAAAACAAAUAUUUUACAAAUCAAUCAAUGUUAAUCAACUAGGACAGCAGGAGACAACAUGGUUCCCUCUAGAUGUUGUGGACUACAAUUGCCCUCAGUCCUAGUCAGCUUGGCCAGUGAGCAGGGAUGAUGGUACUUGUAGUCCAAAACAUCUGGAGGCUACCACAUUGGCUGUUUCGGAAGUAAGCAUUACAAACCUUAGUAUAAGUGAACCUUGUGUAGGAGUUGAUCUUAACUCUGUUGUUCAGUACCAUAUUGUAACCUUUUUGAUCCUCAUUCUUCAUUUAUUUUACAUGUGUCCUACAUUUCACAUUUCGUGUUAGCUUGCAUAUAAGUUUUGGUUACAUAAAAAGGGAAAGCAAUGAAAUUCAAGAUACCGUUACAUAUUAUUCUAAGAGAAUGGAGUAUCAGUAUUAUAGGCUAACACUUAAAGAACAAUUUACUUAAUAUUCCAAAUCCAAUUUGCUUAUAUCUACUGUGUGCUGCUUAUUAAAUGUCUUACUAAGUUUUAACCUUUACUGUAAUGUUAUUGAAGGCAGACAUAUUAGUACAAUUACUGUAAUUGUAAUUGCCAAAUACUAGGUGCUAUUCUGUCGUACAUUAGCAUAGUGAAGUAUAAAACACUAGCUUUUAUGUUUAGGAAAAUCUAUUGAUUGCACCUUAAUCAGUAAAAUGCAAGGAACACAAUCCACUUGCAUUGUGGGCCAAAUGUGUGAGAGGAUUGUGUCCAAGUUUAUAUAGGAUUAUUAUUAUUUUGCUUAUAACCAGAAGUGACAGGGUUUUUCUUGUUUAGUUUUUCUACAACACUUGAAAAAGGGAAGUUCUUUUUACUCUGUUUUGUGUCUUUACUUUUGGUUUAUGCACUUUCUAGAAACCAUUUAUUUAAUACGAAGACUCUUCAGUGAUUUUUAAUGAAAAAAUGUUCAUAAAUGUAUAUUUCUCAAAUAUAGUUUACACUCCUCUUUAGAGGACUCACCUGUUUACUUCAUUUUCUUAACCAAUUUAAGUAAAAGAUAGCUUUUAAUGCAAAUGUAAUUACAAUGUGUGCAUUAAAUCAUAUCCUAAAGAAAGUAAAAAAUAAAAACCAGGGUUCUAUAAUCAGAAGGAAGAGGGUGUUGAAGAAUUAAUCAUGUGGCCACAACAUAUAGGACAACAUCCCUGUAUUGCUCCCAGGAUAGGUCUGGUAACUAAUGUUGGAUUUCACCCAUAAAUACUGAUGAAAUGGUUAUUUUGAAACUGUUUAAACUGCUAUAGUAUAGUAUAGAAUUGUUCUAUCUUAUUAUUGCAAAAUAACAUUGAGCAUUAUCUUAUCGGCAUCAGUUACGUUGAUAGUAUCUUAAACAGAGUGUUGUUAAUCCAAAAUGCUUCCCCAUUUAAUAAUGCUUUACCUACAAAAUGUCAAUUGUUCUUUCUAAAAGCAAAAGGAAAGAUUUAUUUAAAUUACCACAAGUACGUGCCACUGUCUUAAACUAAUAAAUGCUAGCAAGUAAAA